GGCAGGUCGGAAAACGAAGAUGAAGAUGACCACAGCGUCGUCCUUUCCCAUCCGCGCUCGGGCCGGCCAGAAGAGUGACCGCUACCCCGGUGUUUGCGCACGGUCAGUCAGUCUGCUCAGCUGGUGGGAGCCGCAGUGCGUGUGCGUGUCCGGCUGACGCCACCUGCGGUUGACGACGGCUCGCUCGAGGACCGUUAUAUAAGGAACGACUUUGAAAGGAGCGCUCGCACGCUCACGUUUCCUGCUGUCGAUUGGAACCAACAUCUUCCCGUACGGUGUUACGACGGUGGCGCAGUGAUGAGAAGGCGCUUGGAUUCCGCGCCUCCCUCGGCGGCGAUGGUGACGUCUUCGUGCGGACUCCUCGUGCUGACGGCAUCUACGUGGGUGAUCUGCAAUACUUUCGUUCUCCUAUUCGCGCAGCCGGCGGAAGCACAGCCAGGAAGAGUUCCUAUUGGACCCAAGGGCCGCGUCAUCAAAGACUGCGAGUGGAGGUAUAGGCACGCAAACGUGACCGAUGAUGUCCUUUCUUGCAAGAAGUGCGUCAAGGACUACGAACUCCGUUUUCCCCCAAGAAGACUGGACGUUGUCAAGAUGCGUCAAACAUGCGUAAAGCCUUACACGCCGAAAGAAGCAGCCAUAAUCCUGUGUAACGCAUUCCACCGACCUUCGGAAAAACGAGCGAAUUGCAUUCGUUGCGUUGAAGAGUACGACCUUCCUGAUAACGCGACGAAAAUUCAGCAACGGGAGCUUGACUGGAAGUGCACGCCACACCAAUCACCGACGACACUGCUGCUUCUGGAGUGCCGCAUCCGACUCGAAAAAAACCGGGAGAACUUGACCGAGUGCGAGAGGUGCGUCAACGAGUCGGGCAUCGCCGGGAACGCCACAUUCGCUGAGUACAAAAAAUUGGAAACCGAAUGUAUGCCCAGGGCCUACCCGAAGGACCGCAUCAGGCGACUAUGCAAGUGGAGGUUCAUCGAACAAGAGGAAGUCCACCGGUGCGAAGAGUGCGUGGACAACUACACAUUGCCAGCCGUGUUCGAGUACGAAGAUGUGUGGAACAUGAGGAAGAAGUGCAUGCCUCGGCCCUCAAGGAAAGAGCUCCUUCGAAAGUCGUGUGACUGGUAUUACAAGUACCAGGAAGUGGAGAAAGCACAGUGCGAAGCCUGCGUUGAGAAGUCCAACCUGCACGAAGACGCAUCCUACGCAUACGAGGCACAGGUGCGGAGCAUCUGUAUGCCAAGGAAACCACCGAGAGAAAGAGUCAAGGAUGCUUGCCCGCGGAGAUUCAGACAACCGGAGGAUAUUGAACGAUGCAGAAAGUGUGCCGACGAGUACAUGAACGACAACAACGCAGCCAACGAGGUGCAUUCGCUGGACGUGCAACAGCUCUACCGUAAAUGCCUCUCAGGGAACAACCUGAAGUACCGCCUGCUUGAAGAGUGCCAACAGAAGAUACAGGAACCGGAAGUCGCGAAGAAGUGCAAGGAUUGCAUCGUGAACACUUACCGUUGGAGGAUACCAGAACAUCUGGCACGAGAGGCGAGAAAACGAUGUCUUCUUGAGGGUUUCCAGGAAAGCUAGACAGCAGGAUUGUGCAGCGCAUCGACAAGUGAUCACGAAAGACCCAUACACUCGACUGACCGCCAGAGGCCUAGUUAUGCCAUAUUGUUUCAAUGACUGUUCAAUAAAAAACAAAUGUGUUAAUAGCCAAAGAGUGCAAUUCACCCAAUAAACAUUGUCCGUGCAGCUCGUUCAUACUCGGUAUCAAAAA